CGAAGCGGAGACCGACGGAGACUGAAGCGUGAAAGCAGGGAACCGGCUUGAUAUAGUGGCUGGGGGAGUGGGUCGCCUUUUUUUGUGGCUGGUCGUUGGCGUGAGCACUAAAGCGGACUGGUGGGGGCUAACACGGCGGCGAUCCUCCUCGCUAGUCUGCGAUAGAGGAACCUGUCACGCAAAGCUGGAUCAAACUCAAAACUUUCUUCUGACGUUUGGGAUGCUGCUCGCUCAUUCAAAGUGGAUCAGACUCACAGUUUUCAGGACAAUAAGAGGCAUGGCAGAAUGUGCCAAGUCGCGCGUGGCGGCUCUGGGGCACGCGACCUUCACGCAGCGGCGCGAGGGGCGCACGGGAGGCGCGGUUCGAACGCCCUGCGCGACGCCAUUGUACGGACGCUGCCAUGGGAACGUCAACAGCCCACAACACUUGCGGAAGCAGUGCUCCCAAAAGGAAAAUCAAAGAAUCAUUUCACUUGACGGACUCCCAACGGACACGCAGACCGACUCAGCCUGAACACCGACUGUGAAGGUGGAUAAGAUAGCCGGGGCCUAACGUACUACACCACUUCCUCUGGACUCAGAGGUUAGUAAUUAUCGAGUCUUACCUUCCUGAAACUCAUUCCGCUCCAGCAACCUGGUAUCAAACCCGAAACUUGAUUAGUCGGUUAUAGGUGGAAACUAUUUUCAUAAUUUAAUUAAUAUAUUAUUAAUGUCUAACACAUGCACAGCUGCAUAUAAAUAUGUAUUUUAGAAAAAAGUCCUUCGUGGAGUGAUAAAAUAGUUAUUUAUGAUUAUUAUUACCAUAAAAUCGAAACAUAUUUGGAAUCAUUUUAUACAUUUAAACUGUUAUUCAUAUUUUACUUGAUUAUACGUUAUUAAAGGAGGCAGUGAUAACUCGGAGCUGAAUGAAACUUUCACAUAUUUCUGUAGCAAU